AUGCCAGUCUCACAAUCAUCCUCGUCAUCAUCCCUCGAUCUCAUCAUCUGCGCAACAUGCGGCACGCAAUUCCCGACCACCUCCCCCCCACCCAACUGCAAGAUCUGCGAUGAUCCCCGCCAAUUCAUCCCUCCCACGGGACAAUCAUGGACAACCCUUCGCGCCCUCCGCAACCCCAGCACCAGCCCCGACCAGACCCAGCACCACGAAACGCACACCUACCACAACGAAUUCCACCCCCUCCUCCCCACAGAUACCCCCAAAUCCGACCCUCACAGCUCCCCCAACGACGCGGACCUGAACACCGCCUCCCUAAUCGCAAUCCACACCGUCCCCAAACUCGCCAUCGGCCAGCGCGCCUUCCUCUGCCGCACCCCCCACCACGGCAACAUCCUGUGGGACUGCAUCCCCUUCCUGGACGACGCGACGGUCACCACAAUCGAGGCGCUGGGCGGCCUGCGCGCCAUCGUCAUCUCGCACCCGCAUUACUACGCCACGCACCUCGAGUGGGCCAGGGCGUUCGGCUGUCCGGUCUAUCUGGCGCGGGAGGAUGAGGAGUGGGUUCUGCGGCGGGGUGAGCAGCAGGAACAGGUUUUCUGGAGUGGGGGGCGGUUGGAUUUGUUGGAGGCCCAGGGGCAGGACACGCUGGAGGUGAUCAAGACCGGCGGCCAUUUCCCGGGGAGCACGGUGCUGUGGUGGCGGUCGUGGCGGACGCUGCUCCUCGCCGAUACGAUCGGGACGGUGCCGAGUGGGAUCUAUCAUGUCGAUCGGUUGCCUGGGACGGCGUCGUUUACGUUUCUGUGGUCGUAUCCGAAUAUGAUACCGCUGCCGCCGGAUGAGGUGUUGAAGAUCUGGAAGGCGAUCGAGCACACCGACUUUGAUUCGACAUAUGGCGCGUUUGUGGGGAUGCAUACGCACGGGGACAGCAAGAAACGGAUCUUGGAGAGUGCCAAGAUCUUUGUCAGGGCUAUGGGGUAUCUGGAUCAUGCCAUUCACAAGGAAGUCUGUUUGUGA